AUGUCGGUACAAAUCUUGAAUCGAAAGACGAAAAACGGCCGAUAUCUGUGUAAGCUACACUCAAUUGAUUAUUUUUUCAGACUCGGUCAUCAAAUUUUAGAUGAAGCCGGUCUUCACACCAUGUUCGCCGACCGCGCUUAUCACGAGCUGCCUAUUGUGCACAUAACAGCAAGUAGAAACAACACAAAGAUUUCCCUCACUGACUGCAACGGACGAAAUUUGUGUGACACCAGUUGCGGUAUUGAAGGAUUUCGAAAUGCCCGCAAGCAGACAACAGUAGCUGCUCAAACCGUCGGCAUCUCGAUCGGAUUGAAGGCCCAGAAAAUGGGGAUCAAGGAUGUUCGCGUCAAAUUCCGUGGUAUCGGCUCAAACAGAUCAACUCUUUCGGGUAUGACGCUGUCGGGAUUAAAUAUAGUGUCUCUCACCGAUGACACCCCCAUUAACUACGGUAUGGGCCGCCGACCAAAGAAGGUUCCCAGAAAGUAG